GCGGGUACGGUACGAGCGGCUCGACACAACAAUCCCGAACGUUGACUAAAUCGGUUGGGUACACGCGUGUCGUUUACCGUUUGCCGUUUACCCGUUUUGCGUAUUUUUGAUUCGUCGCGUCCCAUCUUCCGCGCUUUUUCGGGCCCCGUGAUAAAUAAAUGAAUUGUUCAAUUGUUUAAACAUUUAAACAGUGCAGGACAGAGAGAGAGAGAGAAGGGCAGGACAAACGUCGGCGUCAGCGUCCUCUGGUUCCUCCUUUUUGGCGGCGUUCAGAUGUUUUGUUUUUAUCUGCAGAGCCGCGUCUUUGCGUAGGUGCAUUUGCCUCUUUGCAUGUUGCGUGUGUGUGUGUGUUGAAGUGUGUGUUCUCUUUUUUUUUCUAAACAAAUUCCAAGUGCAAUUUUUUUACGAGUGCAGUGUUUUUUCCUUCUUGAGGAGACAAGGAAACGGAGUGAUAGAGAAAGAGAAUUAACAAGUUGAAAGAAAGAUCCGAAAACCGGAUUCAAUAACAGAAGCAGCAUCACAAGAGGAGAGCAGAGCAGAGGAUCAGCAGCAGAAGCAGAAGAAGCGAAAAGAAAAAAUAAGCAAACACACGCACAAGGCAGCGACGCCGCCGCCAGCAGAAGUGCCCUGAUCCUCUCAGCGCCGCAGCUGGCAGCACUCUCUGUCUCUCUCUUACGCAUUUUGUUAGAAGCAGAGAACAGCAUCAGCGGAAGAUCGUUGGGUGGCUUUCUUACGAACGAAUCGCGACCCUAAAUAAGCGACGCCACUAUCGAAGCAGCGACAUCUACAUCUACAACAGAGGAACAACCAAGAUUCGUGUCGUACACAAACUAAUUGCAAGACUUAAAACAGAAGCUAAAACGUUGCAGCAGGCAGCAGGCAGGCACAGGCAGGCAGCAGCCGCAGCCCUUCCAAUGUCCACAAUUUAAAUGCCACAGCAGCCGCCACGUCAAAAGCAGCUUCCAAAGAACCAGCAGCAACAGCAGAGCAGCCACCCGAGCAGUCCUCAGCAGUCGUUGUCGCUGUCGUCCCUUCUGGUCACCGUGUGGCACCAUUUGCCAACGAGAAGGAGCGCAUUCGUCAGUGAGAGCCUCUUGCCACAGCAGCAGCGUGUAAGCGAAAAGCAACAAAAGACUAGAAGACUAUCAAGCCAAGCCCAGCCCAAGCCAUGGCCCACUCCAAGGUGAUACUGAAGAUCCUGUUCUCGCUGUGCGUGUGGUCCUUCGUGAUCAUUGGCCUGUUCAAGAUGCAUGGCACGAAUCUGGUGCCGCAGGAGUACCAGCAGGUGCCGCUCAACGGCCGGAUACUGCUGCAGAAGGACAUGCGGUAUGCUGCGGAGACGACAUCCACCACAACGGAUCACUUUGAUCCCAGCGAGAUACUGGUGGACAAUCGCACAGCCAUGGACGAUGAUCAGCUGGUGAGGGAUGUGGAAUCGCGGAUACCCUCGCUGCCGAUUGCCUACUGGAGCAAAAACAAGAAUUUUCUGCAGCAAAAGUCAUCGACCUGCGCCAAAUACCCAUCGAUCUUUGAGCUGGAGUUCAACAACAUCUACUGGCAGACGCUGCGCACCACGAACGGCACCUUUCAGCUGUUUGGCGCCUACUACGACAUACGUCGCACCUCGCUGCUGGGGCCCACGGUGCGUAUACUGGGCAUGAUCGAUCGCAUCGAGCCGAAGGUGAAGACCUACUGCCAGUUCUGGUUCGACGGCCAGAAGGAGCCGUUCAUCGUGAAGACGUUCGAGUACAAGUACAUCUGGUACAACAAGUGGGGCAACUACAAGCAGGGCAUCUACCAGCCGUAUCUGAUCGCCUGCCAGAUACCGAAGCCCUUCCACGGCGUUGUGCCCAGCUCCGUGUCGAUGGUGGAGAAGGAGUGCGACACGGCCACCAAUAAUCUGCGUGUGAUCUACAAUCGGCCGCCCGACGACCAGAAGAAGGGCUUUGCGGUCUGUGUCAAGGGGCUGGACUUCCUCUACGACGAUCUGAGUGUGCGGCUCAUCGAAUGGAUCGAGAUGCUGAACAUUCUGGGUGCCGACAAGAUCUACUUCUACAACCUGCAGGUCCAUCCGAACAUCAGCAAGGUUCUCAGCCACUACGAGCAGGAGGGCAAGGUGCAGGUGAUCCCGCUGACGCUGCCCGGCGGGCAGCCGAAUGUGCCCGGCUUCCAGCAUCUGUAUCUCACCAAGAAGACGAAUCACAAGCGCCAGAACGAGGUGAUACCCUACAACGAUUGCCUGUACAAGAACCUGUACCUGUACGACUACAUUGCCCUGCUGGACAUUGACGAGGUGAUCAUGCCCAAGGGCAAUGCCGUCCUCUGGUCGGAGCUGAUGGAGAAGGUGCGCCCGGAGUCGCGCAAGAUCAAGCCGGACGGCUUCCACAGCUACAACUUCCGGAACGUGUACUUCCUGGACGACCAGCAGCACGAGCACGGCUGGCACAAGGACAUCCCCAAGUAUAUGCACAUGCUGCAGCAUGUGCACCGCGCUAAGAACUACACCAAGCCCAAUCAGUACGUCAAGUGCUUCCACGAUCCGGAGCGCGUGCUCACCCUGCACAAUCACUUCCCGCUGAGCUGCCUCGGCGGCGUCUGCAAGUCCUAUCCGGUGGACACGCAGGACGCCCAGCUGCAGCACUAUCGCGCCGACUGCGUCAAGACGCUGAAGAAGAGCUGCGAGGAGUAUCGCGAGAAUUCGGUGGAGGACAAGACCAUCUGGAAGUACAAGGACGAGCUGAUUCGGCGCACCAUUAAGGCACUCGAUACGCUGGGAUUCUUUCGUCGCAGCGGCCUGGGCUCUGGCUCGGGCAGCAGCAGCGGCCUUGGGGCCACCACCCACUCGACGGAGCGGUGAUUCGGACUACUCGGCGGCGGCGGCUACGGCGGUGGCUAUGGCGGUGGCUGGUCCUGGCCCUGGAUGCCGCAGGCAACGCAGUAUGUCGAGGCCGCCGGUGGCGACAGUAGUCUGGGCAACGAGGAGUUCUUUGUCUGAAGAGUGCAAAGAUGCGGAAAAGAUAUACUCGUAUCGAUCGCGUCUACUAGUUGGAUAUCGGAUACAAAUUCGAUGCUUGGAUGUGGAUGUUGAUGUUGCGUCGUUCCUGAACCCGUCCUCUGGCUUCUGUGGUUUUUUUUUUUUUUGUUCGAGCUCGAUUUUAACUGUAUUUCUGUAUUAUAGAAAGGGUCCUUCCUCCUACCCCUACCCCUACCCACACACACAUACAAUCCGCAGCACCUUCCCUCCAUUAUUCCUCAGACACAGAUCUAAGUGUAGUUAUAGUUAUAGAUACAAUAUACUCAUAAUGAAAAGGAGUAUGAAAGGAGCGAAGCGGAGCAAAACUUUUUUGAAAUUGUGCCUUCAAUACCCUUUAAUCCUUUGGAGAACCCUCUUCCCACCCCCCAUCUCUGCAGAUUUCACACACAAAAUAAACGUCACAAAGGUGGUACCCCUUACACCCACCCCCCAUACCCACAUUUUAAGGAUAUUUCACGAGUUCCACAGAAAACAGAAGCAGCAGCAGAAAAUGCAGCUGGAAAUCGAAGAAGAGAGAAAGGAAAAAGGAAAAAGAAUAUAAGAAAAAAACCUAAACUAAGUUCAAGACUGAUGAUGUUUAUUGAUAAUUAAAUGAAGAAUUUCAUGAAAAUUUGUUUUCACAUUCGGAUAGAAUCGAUAUUAUUAUUGUUGUUGUAUAGGCAAUUAAAGGGCCACACACCUUAAACAUAGGAACAAAAAAAACCCCCGGAAGGAAGGAAGGCCUAUCCCUCCUUCUGCUACUUCUUAUUUUUCGAGAAAAGAAAAAGAAAAGAAAAUCGUAUAUAUCACUAAAUGCUAAGCAAAACAAAAAAUAACGAAGGAAAAGGAAAAACGAAAAGGAAAAUCCAAGAUCAAAAGUUUUGAGUUGUAAAACUGUAAAUAGGAAAAUUGUUAAGGGGAAUUA